GAAAGAAUAAUCUGUCAGACGCAAAAUAAACGCACAGGAACACGGUCCGUUGCAUCGUAUGUGAUAAAAAAAAAAGAAGAAAAAAAACAAUCAUCUUGUUCUUGUUCUUUUGCCUGUAUUUGGCCCGCAAUUGACAAACAUGGCGCUCAUGAGGUCAGGCUGGCUUUGGAGACAGACUUCUGUGUUGAAGCGCUGGAAGUUGAACUGGUGUGACCUCUGGGUGGACGGCAGUCUUUGCUGCUACAAGAGUGACAGCCGGCGAGAGCUGGAGCACCGCGUCAACCUCAAGCUCACGUGCAUAGACGUGCGCUGCGGCCUAGAAUGUCGAGGGGUGACGCCUCCUGAAACCAACCCCCAGGAGAACGUCAUUGUCGUGCAGCUCAAGGGCGGCUCAACGAUGAACCUGUGCGGCAACAGCGAGGACGAGUCCAUCGCGUGGAAACUGACCAUGCUGGAGACCAGGAGGAACUCGGUGUUCAUGUACGACCCCUAUGAUGAUUCCUAUCAGGCCAUACCCCUCAGCCACUAUCACACGGUUUACGUGACGCCUGGAGCAGGACCAGGCACCCACCAGGUGAUUGUUCAGAGGGACCCGUUUGACGGGGUGUUUGACCACCUCGCCAUGGGAUUACUGGCAGGAACAGCGGCGGGAGUGGCCAUGCGGUCCUUCCUCUGGACACCCAUGUUCUUCUGCUGAGACGGAUUUAAUGCCGCACCUUUAGCCUAACAAUUCAGGAUUCAGUUCACACGUUCAGCUGCUAUUUUGGUUGGUGUUCCUCAUGUGCAAUUUGGCUUUACAGUAUUACACAAAUAGUAACUGCU